GAUCCGUCGAUGGAAUGGCCACAAUCCAUCAUGUGGCAAAUAAGAGGGGUUCCAAUACAUGAUCCUUAUAUAUGCAUACGAAUAUUCGAUUAAUACAAUUUCCGGUAUAGCGUCCCCUAAUGAAUGCCCAACCCAUCUGUCCGAUAAGGCCAGAUUAGCAGUAGUGGGCUGAGGAGGCCAAUUCAACCGCCGCUAUUGCCGUCAACUGUCGACCGACGUGACUCCUCCAUUCAGCCUUCUCUCUCCACCACAACCUCCUCUUUACUGUUACAACACCCCUUACCUAUCUCAGUGUUCUCCUGCGUUAUUUUCGAAUAGACCUCAUUGCCAACAAGAAAUCCUCCUCCACCGCUGUUCCAACUUCGCCAUUACACCUUCUAGGGUUAACUUAGCCCACCUACCUGCCUACGUCUCAGCCAGUAUGGAUCAAAUGAUGGCGGGCGAGGGCGGCCGGAACCCGCUGGAGGCCUGGUUCUGGGAGAUGCCGAUUUGUACGAGGUGGUGGACGACGGCCACGGUCCUGACCAGCGCCUUAGUGCAGUGCCAGAUGGUUACGCCGUUCCAGCUAUUCUACAGCGUCCGCACCGUAUUCCAGAAGGGAGAGUACUGGCGAUUAUUAACCACAUUCCUCUACUUCGGCCCCUUCUCUCUCGAUCUCCUCUUCCACGUCUACUUUCUCCAACGCUAUGCCCGCCUCCUCGAAGAAUCGUCCGGCCGGUCGCCGGCCCACUUCUCGUGGCUGCUAGUCUACUCGAUGGCCUUCCUCAUCGCGCUCUCACCGGUGGUGUCGAUGCCAUUCCUCGGGCACCCGCUGUCAUCGACGCUCGUCUACAUCUGGUCGCGACGGAACCCGGACACGCGCCUAAGCUUCCUGGGCCUGCUCGUCUUCACAGCGCCGUACUUGCCCUGGGUGCUAAUGGGGUUUAGCCUAGUGAUGCACGGCACAGUGCCCAAGGAUGAGAUCAUGGGUGUCGUCAUCGGCCACAUCUGGUACUUUUUUACCGACGUAUACCCCCCGAUGCACAAUGGUUCUCGGCCGCUCGACCCGCCGAUGUGGUGGCGCCGAUUAUUCGAGGGGAGGCAACAAAGAGACGAGACUGCCAACGCGAUUAACAACGAGUUCGCAGUGGCGGGAGGCCCAGAGCUAGCUGCGGCGGACAUGCGGUAAAAACAAGAAGCGGGCGAACUCGGCGACGCAUGGUCGCGCUUAACUUUAUUCUCGGAUCCUCAUUUUCGGCGUUACGCGGGGCAAUCGAAACCAGAACGAAUAUCAGAUCCAUUUCAGCUCUGGACCUAAGACAUCAACCGUCUCCAUACGCGGAUCUUGUAGGUUACUAAGGAUCUCACUCCCGCAAAUUUUUUGAGACCUGUCUUACUCGCUUGUUUCCGAUGCUCGGACUUCGUGCGCUGUAGAGAGGUAGGGUAUUAUAACGGUAAUAAGUAGCACGCGGUUUACUCGUAAAGUAGGUAUCGAGACAAGGAAGCUUCAUCUUCUCGCGGAUUGGACGAACUCUUGCCGUCUAUCUGUUCGCGGCUUGGUCCGAAAUAAGACUGCGGCGAGACCUUUUCUAACCGCUCAUAUACUUGAUAC